AUGGCUGCCCCCAAGGUCCUUAUCAUGAUGGCCGACUACGGUCACGAGCCCACUGAGGCCACCGUGCCCUAUACCGCAUUCAAGGACGCCGGCUUCGACGUGCAGUUUGCUACCGAGAAUGGCAAUGCGCCUGCGUGCGACAAGCUGCUGCUUGAGGGGCUGAGCCAGAAGAUAUUGGGCGCCAAGGGAUCAGUCUUGCAGGACUACGCCAAGAUGGUGGCCUCCGACGAGUGCAAGCAGCCUCUCUCGUGGACGGCCCCCAGCUUCAGCCUGGACCCCUUCUCGCUCGUCUUCCUACCCGGCGGGCACGACAAGGCGGUGGUGCAGAUCAUGGACUCGGCGGCCGUGCACUCGCUGCUGCUCGACUACUUCCCCAAGACGCGCAAGCAGCAGCCCGACGGCACCGCCGCCACCAGGGCCGUCGGCGCCAUCUGCCACGGGGUGCUCGUGCUGGCGAACGCCAAGGAUGCCCAGGGCCACAGCGUACUGCGCGAGUGUACGACGGCGACGCUGCCUGCGCGCUUCGAGCAGGUGGCAUACUGGGGGACAAGGGUGUUCCUGGGGGACUACUACAAGACGUACGGGGCUGGGAGCGAGGACGUCGAGGUCUCUGUGAAGAAGGUUCUGGCCGAUCCUGAGAAGCAGUACAAGUGCAGUCUUGGACUAUCUCCUUUUGUCGUUGAGGAUCAAGCCCACAACUACAUCAGCGCUCGGUUCCCCGGCGACACAGAAAAGAUGGCACAGCGGAUGGUCGAGGUGGUCAAGAGCUUCGCUUGA